UAGUCAGCUAAUGAUGGAUCUGAAAUUGUGGCUCUCAAUUCUGAUGGUUUGUGCGAUGGCUGAAUCUCAUAUCUUGCACAAGGACUGGCUCAUAGAUGUGCCAUCCAGAAUCCCUGUUCUUCAAAGCUCAUGUGUGGUCAUUCCCUGCGUUUACUUGUAUCCCGAGACAAAAAAAAUAUUGAACAGAUGGCGGGGAUUCUGGAAGAGAGGGGACACGAUUGUUGCAUCAAAUUUCCUCAAUUUGAGACUAGGGAAUGAGUUCCACAUGCGAUCCAGAAUUACAGGAACCCUUCAAAGCGGCAACUGCACCUGGCAGCUGUAUGGCGUCAGAGAAACUGACACUGGUCCGUUUUACUUCAGAAUUGAAAUUCCACAACAUAAAAGCUUCACUUUCUCAAAAAAUAAGGUGACCCUCAAUGUCUUCCGAGUUCCUAAGCCUCCCACCAUGUCUGUUGCAGUCCAAGAUCAAGUGACUGCCACCUGCAAAGUUACUCAUGUCUGUCCAUCAUCUCCUCCCAAAUUCUCAUGGAGCCACUCUGGAAUAAGGAAAACAAGGUCAAAAAAGGAAAAUAAAUGGUUGUGGUCAACAACGUCGACCCUCACCUUUACCCCUCAAGAAGCCGACUUCAACAUGCCUUUAAAAUGUACGGUGACAUUCCCUGGCAAGAAGACUACAGUGGGCUCUGUGCUUCUCAUCAAGAAGAGUACCAAGUGAGUCUAAAUAUGGAGUACUAGAUUAGAGCAAUAUUUUUAGUGCUAUCUGCCAUGAUGGCAAAGUGAUUUUGCAGAAAAAGGCCUGAAAUAGUAAAACUACAAAAAAA